AAACGAAAAAAAAUGGCUGCGUCCAUGUGUUAGCGAAAACACGUGAGUUAUCUGACUAUUAACAUCGUUCCUGACAGUGAGUGAAAUGACUUGAAGUACAAUUUAAGCAUCAAUAUCAAAGGAAGCUGAUCUAUCGUAUAUUUAUCUACAAUGGGGGAUGCCGAACAAAAAGCAACCAAAGUUCACCGUGGUCGUAAAAGUGGUCCAAAAGCUGACAAGAAGAAAAAGAAACAUGUUCACGAGCAAGAGUUAACUGAUCGACAGAGAAAUCCAAGAGCUUUUUCUGUCCAAUCAGUGGUAAAAACAGCAAGGGCAGUCCGAAGAACUUUAGAUAUUGAAACAAAGAAGCAGCACAUACCUUUGGUAGACAGAACACCUUUGGAGCCUCCACCUAUUGUAGUUGCAGUCGUUGGACCGCCUAAAGUCGGCAAGACUACUCUUAUUAAAGGGUUGAUUAAAAACUUUACGAGACAGAAUUUAACAGAUAUACAAGGACCAGUUACAAUAGUAUCCGGUAAAAAAAGGAGACUUUCAAUAAUCGAGUGUAAUAAUGAUAUUAAUUGUUUAAUUGACAUCGCUAAAGUUGCAGACUUGGUGUUGUUAUUGGUCGAUGCAAGUUUUGGAUUUGAAAUGGAAACAUUUGAAUUUCUGAACAUUGUGCAAGUGCAUGGGUUCCCUCGAAUCAUGGGAGUUCUGACGCAUCUCGAUACUUUUAAACAAAACAAAGUAUUGAAGAAGACGAAGAAAAGAAUGAAACACCGAUUCUGGACUGAAAUCUACCAAGGUGCCAAGUUGUUUUAUAUUUCUGGAUUGGUCCAUGGCGAGUAUAACAAGAUGGAUAUCAGGAAUUUAGGACGUUUUAUCUCGGUUAUGAAAUUCCGGCCACUUACAUGGAGAACUACACAUCCGUACAUCGUUGCUGACAGGAUGGAAGAUUUGACUGAUCCCGAGAAGAUAAGACUGGAUGGGAAAUGUGAUAGAUCGAUUGCUCUGUAUGGAUAUGUACGUGGUACACCAAUUAAAUCAAACAGCCAUAUUCACAUACCAGGAUGUGGAGACUUCCCCGUUCAUGAUAUAACGUUCCUGCCAGAUCCGUGUCCAUUACCAGAAAAACUGAAAAAAAGAGUAUUAAACGAGAAAGAGCGAUUAAUUUAUGCUCCAAUGUCUGGAGUUGGUGGUAUAGUUUAUGAUAAAGAUGUUGUGUACAUUGAACUUGGGAGUAAAAAAGCACAUAGCGAGACAUUAACGGAAGAAGAAAAACCAGUUCAUGAAAUGGUUACAAAUAUUAUUGGAACUCAACAAACGAUUGACAGUAAAAUGGCUAAAAGUAAACUGUCACUAUUUAAAGCGUCAAAACCACUAAUUUCUGAUCAAGUUGAAGGGAAAUUUGCCAUGCCAACUGAGGAGCUUGUUAUUCAUGAUGGAAGAACACGUCGGAAAGCAGUCUUUACAAAUGAGGAUGGUGAUGAUAAUGACAGUGAUGACGACGACGAUGAUGAAAGUGAUGAUGAUGAUGAUGAUGAUAAUGAUGAUGAAAGUGGUGAGGCGGAAGAAGAGGAAGAGGAGGAGGAAAAAGAUGAUGAAGAAGAGGUGAAAACUUUUAAACAUGAGCAAGAAGAUGAUAUCAAGAUUGAAAGAGAUGUGAAAAGACCUUUUAAAAAACAGAAAAUUGAUGUUAAUUUUGCUGACAGUGGUGAUGAACUGGAAGUUGAUCCUGAUGACUUUUUAAAAUCAGGAAGUACAAUAAAAAAGAGAAAUGAUACUCCAUGUGAGAUUAUGGCAAGCACCAAAAAAGUUACUAAAUCAAAUAAAAGUUUUGAUGAAAAUGGCCACAGUGGCAGUGAUGUUCGCAACAGUGAUGAUAAUGACGAUGAUAAUGAACAUAGCAACAGUGACGAUGAUGAUGCUGAACACAGCGACAGUGACGAUGAUGAUGCUGAACACAGCGACAGUGACGAUGAUGACAGUGGCUGUGAGAAUGAUGAUACCAACGAGGAGGAAGAGGAGGGAGAAAGUGAUUUUGUAUCCAUGGAUACAGAUGAGGAACAUGAUGAGGACAGACAGACAAAAACAAAUACAGAUUUGAGAGACGAAACAAGGACUAAAGGAAAAAAUGAAAAGAAAACUAAAAAAAAUGCUAAAAACAAACAGUCUGUCAAGUUUGAGGAAGAUAAAGAUUGGGACAAAGACGAGUCAGUUGCAAUAGCAACGGAAGCAGUUGCUGACAAUAUUGUGGAAGAAGGUAUAAAUGAAGGUUUUGGAAAAGGAUACUUAAAAUGGAAAGAAAAUUUAGGACAGAAGGCAUCAGAAUCCUUUUUACAAAGAUUAACUGACGGUAAAAACUUGAAGAAGCUCAUAUAUGGUCAAGUUACUGAGACUGAAGACAUGGAUGAUUCUGAAUCACGCGAUGUCGGUGGUCUGUUUACUAUUGUCAAGGCAACCAGUAAAUCUAGUCAUCAAUCUCUGAAUGGUCUCGACUGCUCUAGAUUUUCAAUGAAUUAUGGGAUGGAUUGGGAUAUAAACGAGUUGAAAGAGAAAAUAAAAGACUGUUUUGUUACUGGAAAGUGGGAAAAUGACAAAGACGCUGAAAAAAUGUUAGCACAAGAUGAUGAAAUAUAUGGGGAUUUUGAGGAUCUUGAGACAGGAGAAAAGCACCAUGGCAACAUACGUGAUGAUGAUGAUGAUGAAGAAGACUCUGGAGAAGAUGAAGUUGUGAAAAAAGAUGAAAAACAGGAAUUAACUGAAAAAGAAAAAAGGUUAGAAAAAAAAAGGAAAUUGAAAGAAGCAUUCAAUACUGAGUAUGAUGAUGAAGAUGGUGGGACAUCGUAUUACGAUGAUUUGAAACAGCAACUGGACAAUCAAGCACAGAUUAAUAAAUCCGCUUUUGAUGAUAUGGAAGAUGAUGUAAGAGUUUUAUACGAGGGAUAUAGACCUGGAAUGUACAUCAGAGUAGAGAUUGCCAAUAUGCCAUGUGAGUUUGUCACUAACUUUGAUGAAACAUAUCCCAUAAUACUUGGUGGCCUCUUACCAGGUGAAGAAAAUAUUGGUUAUGUCCAGGUGAGAAUGAAAAAGCAUCGCUGGUUUGAUAGGAUACUGAAGACGCGUGAUCCUUUGAUAAUAUCUCUCGGUUGGAGGAGAUUUCAAACAAUACUUAUGUAUUCUGUUCAAGAUCAUAAUGGAAGACAUCGUUUACUAAAGUAUACUCCAGAACAUAUGCACUGUCAUGCAACCAUGUGGGGUCCUAUUACACCACAGGGUACUGGAUUACUAGGAAUACAGUCAGUAUCAGACACUACAUCUAGGUUUCGAAUAGCUGCUACAGGUACUGUUUUAGAUCUAGACAAAUCUAUUACGAUUGUCAAAAAACUAAAAUUGACAGGAACUCCAUUUAAAAUAUACAAGAAUACAGCGUUCAUUAAGGGUAUGUUCAACUCUGCUUUGGAGGUUGCUAAGUUUGAGGGUGCUUCUAUUCGCUCAGUGAGUGGGAUUCGUGGUCAGAUCAAGAAAGGUGUUCGAUCACCAGAGGGCGCUUUCCGUGCUUCAUUUGAAGAUAAACUUCUGAUGAGUGAUAUUGUGUUUGUCAGAACAUGGUAUCCUGUCACGAUACCAACAUUCUACAAUCCUGUCACAUCAAUGCUAUUACCAAAAGAAUCUAAAUCUAAGUGGACUGGAAUGAAAACUGUUGGUCAGAUACGAAAAGAGAAAAACUUGUCACUUCCUGUUGCCAAGGAUUCAAUGUACAAGAAAAUUGUGAGAACGCCGAGGCGAUUCAACCCACUACAUAUACCAAACCGUCUGCACAAACAACUGCCAUUUAAGAGUAAACCUAAAAUGAUGGAAAAGAAAGAAAAGAAAGUAGCCAGUGUCUUGGAUAAACACAGAGUGGUGAUCAGAGAACCAGAAGAGAAAAGAAUUGCACGAUUGAUGACUCAAAUAGCCACUGUGAAUAGCUAUAAACUGAAGAAGAAGAAAGAAACGAUGAAAGCGAGAGUUACUGAUCAUAAAAAGAAGCUGUAUAUUCAUGAUGAACAAUUGAAAACAAGACAGAAGAAAGAAAAGAAGGAAAUGUACCGAUUGAUGGGUCAGAUACAGAAAAAGAAAUCCAAGCAGAAAAGAGACUGAACGUUACGAGCAAAAACUGGAUCACUUUAAAAUGAUUGAAAGUAAAUUAUUCGGGGCUCAGUAUUGACCUUUACAAUAAAAUGUGAUCAUGUGACUGUUCUAAUGAUAUAUUGAAAAAGAUUUUUAGCAAUGCAGGAAAAAAAAAAUUGAAUGACUCCAAAAACACUUACCCAUAACAAUAUGUUUAUAUAUAUAAACAUGCAGAUGUUCAUUUCUCUGAUUUAUUCAGUUCAUGACAACAAAAAAGGUGUUUAUUUUUGUUCAGUUUUAGUCAGAAUAGUUAUUUUGACUUUUUAAAAAUUGCUUUGAAACGUAAUGUAGAGGAAGAGUUGAAGACAUAUAUUCUUUAUUUUCUUGAAACAAUGCAACAUAAUUUAACACAAUAAAUGAAUUCUGAGGCAUCAUUUGAUUUCAUGAUACGAAAGAACAUAGUGAAGAGAGCCAGGUACAAUUACUUUGUCAUAGGUGUCAAACUGUCACAAUUCACAAUGCAAACCAGUUACAUUACCACUUUGCAAAACUGUGAAGUACCAUUCCUGGCAAAUAAACACAAUCAAAUUUCAAGAUUGUGGAUAAUAUAAAUUUAAGUGGUCCUAAAUUAAGAUUUUUCACACAAUAGACACUUACUGUGUUAGGAGGCUUUGUUAGUCUUUAAAGGUCUGUUUGCAUUGUUCAUCUAAGGCCAAGAUCCUUCAGUAAUCUCAGAAUAAAAUGUGUGGGAAAUUAAGGCCGGAUAACUUUAUUGUAUAGCAGAAUCACUUGAAAGCAUUUUAUGUUCUUAGCUUGAUCUGAGAGUGAUGUUUCACAUAUUUCCAAAGUGAGAAUGCAUUGACUGAUACAGUUGUAUUUAUUGGUGACUUUCUAUACUGGUAAACCAUGUUUCUUAUUCUCCAUAUUAUAUUGAUGAUACAAUCUUGUGCCUCAACAAUAUAUGAUACAAAUAAAUAAUUAAAUU